AGGGCGAAUCCAUUAAACUCGAUCAACCAUUAACGAGUAAUCCUAAUGUGGGUGGAUUUGGUCAAGGGGAUGCGGAAAUAGUACUUCAAGAUCCAUUACGUGUCCAAGGCCUUAUGUUCUUCUUAGGAUCGGUUGUUUUGGCACAAAUCUUUUUGGUUCUUAAAAAGAAACAGUUUGAGAAG